AUGGCGUCUCAAGAGCAGCUUCAGCACCAGUGGGCGAUGAAGGCACGUCAACAGCAGAUGCAGAUUAUGGCGCAGCAACAAGCAGCCGCUAUCGCAGGCCGGCAGAACGUCGGAUCCCAACCAAGCCAGAGCAUCCAGCCUCGCUCUAUGACCAUGGGUUCUGAUUUCGAAGAUUUACCAAUCCUCGAGGCAAAUGACCUGGACCAUAAACGGCCCCAUCCAUCUUCCUUUUCGUCGUUCGAUUCCGCUUGCGAAAAUGGUCCGGUAUCUAUGAUUGCGGAAAUUGUCACCUCAGAGCCUCGGACACCUGCAUUUCUCCAUCGAGGUCUUCUGGCCGCUCUACGAGCUGGAAACGUCCAGGCUGCCAGCUAUUUACUUUCCAACGGCGCACCCAUCGUCCGACAAACCCCAGAAUUUAUUCUGAAGGCGCCAGCCAAUCAGCAAAUCGCCUUGUUCGAGCUCUUCGCUGCCCACGGCUGGACUCCGAAUACCCCGGGUCUAUAUGGUGCUGUACUACUUCCAAGAUUGGUCAACGACUUGCCUUUACUGUCUUGGUUUCUGGCACACGGUGCGAAUCCAAAUGUGGGGCAACAGAAAGACUUUCGUGAGCGGCAUGGUAAUUCGGAUACGGACUCUUGCCGUGCUCUCGAGACAGCCGCAGCGCAUGGCAGCGUUGAAGCUGUAAGAAUGCUACUGGCAGCAGGUGCUCGGAUCCGUAAUGGAGCACCAUUGCAUUGUGCUGCUGGUGUUUGUCCUCCAGGGACAAAUCCACAUGCCGGCCGUGUCAAGCCAACCAAGGAAUUUGAUGCUGAUAGAAUCCCUGUAAUGCGCUUACUUGUGGAGAAUGGGGCGGAUGUGAACCACAAGGUUGAAACACGGCAUAUGGAGCCUCUAUAUGCGAUUGUUCACGCGGUCAUGGCUGGAGCCAUCGAGCGUGUCAAGUGGCUUUUAGAACAAGGAGCAGACCCCUUUGCAAAAGGCAACUUUGGGAGCGCGGUGACUUACGCUUCCAUAUGGGGCGAAGAAAUGGAGAAGGUUAUUGAGGAAGGAGUUGCGGCGAGGAAGGAGGAAGUAAUCUAG